AUGGAAUGGAUCCAAAAACAACUCAGAAAACUAGUAGUUAUCGACCACAUCAUCUCCAAUCAACAAUCAGAACCCCUCUCAAUCCCACCUACUGAUCCUCAUAACCCUACUUCAUCGACAUAUCCCCCUUUUGAUGAGGAUGAAUUUCGAUUAGGAUUGAGAUUGUUGAGUAGUGGUGUCGUAGGUGGGACUUCGACAUUGUUUAGGAUUUGUGAAUUGGAGUUUUCACACAGAGGGACGAUUUUGAAUGUGAGUAGCAGGACUAAUACUACGACAACGACAACGACAGUUGAAGGGGAUGGGGGAUAUGCGAGGGAAAAGGAUAGUGAACUUGAAACUAUGGAAGAAAAGGAAUCGGUUUAUGAGAGUGAAGACGGAGAAUAUGACGUGGAGGAAGGAGCUGAGGACAUGGUGGCUGACGAGGAGAUGAUUGUUGAAAAAGGGAACAGAAAUCACCAGCAGUGGCAAGAAACACCAUAUUUCCAGACCUACGAUCCUAAUAAAUGGCCAUCUGUUUCCAAUCACUUAUCCGAACUGGCAUUUGGACAAGUUGGAAGAACCACCCCACAGAAUGAAGAAAAUGAAGAAUUUUAUCUAGAUGUAAUAUCCGAUGACGACGGUCUUGGUUCAGAAGAUGCAAGCAUUUCAGGAUUUGCAUUAUGGAGAUUAGCCCCACCUCCUCCUUAUACCAAUAUUGGCCCUGAGAAGAGGGUGGUUGUUAGAUAUCCCGAUUUUCCCAUUUCCGGAAGUCUGAAUGUGUCGUAUGAUAAUAUUUGUUAUGAAGAGGAAGAUGGAUAUGAAGACAUUGGAUAUCCGAGUGCCUCUAGUUUUGAGAACCGCAACAAUACCAAUCCUCACGAAAGCAAGCCAGUUGGGAAAACUAGCCGGGGUAGAAGUAUUUGGAUGCUUCAACGAAGAAGAAAGACUCAGAGGAAGAAUUGGACAAGAACAAAAGAUAAUUGGGUAAUAUAUCUUAAAGGGAGAUUAUGUGAGGUGUAUCUGAAUUGGAAAACUAGGGUGAAGGAAAAGAGUGGGAGUGAGGUUAAUUUGUUGAAUGAUUAUGAUAUUGGAUCAGUGAGGAGCGUUGUUAGUGAUGCCGAUAGCUGGUCUCGGAAGAGUUCUCUUAAGCUGUUUUUUGUGAGGGAGGGAGUUCAAGAAGGGUCUUCAUCAGAUGGCCUUGGCAAGAAGUGUGAGAUGGAAGAAGGCGAGAAUUUGAUAGGGGAAGACGAGGGGAACGAAGAGUCUCUUGAAGAGGAGGUCAAACAAGAAGUUGAGGAAGUAGCAAAGAAGGAAAAUGAGGACGAUUUCGUUGUAAUUCAUAGUGAUUAUGAGGAGAUGAUCCAAUUAGAGAGUGAUGUUAGCGGAGCUAUACUUUAUAUAAUUGGUCAAUAUGCCCAAGGAGAUGGAGAAGCAUCAACAGCUCAGAAACACGAAGAAAAUCAUUCAUUAGAGGACAAUCGAGAGGAACUUGAGGAGUUUGCAUCAGUUGAAGAAUCAUUGCAAGAAGGAGCACUAGAUGCGUCUGAAGAAAAAGUGCACGAGCCCAAGGCAGGGAUGACGAUGGUAACAAACCAGUGUGAGGUUAAUUGUGAAGAAGAAGAAGUAACUGAUGUUGAAGAUGAUACUAAUAGUAGUAUUAGCCUUGGCAGUAUUUAUUCAUUUCCUUAUGAAAUUAUUACUUAUACUUAG